AUGUCAACUAAAUCUUUAAAACCCACAAAAUCUCCGGUGGUGACACCAUCUCCACCAUCUUCAAGAUCAUCUUCACUCUCUGCUCAUCUCGCCAUGGUUGAAAUCAAACAGAGAAUCUUGACAUCUCUUUCCAGACUUGCCGACAGAGAUACCCACCAGAUCGCCGUCGAAGAUCUGGAAACCAUCAUCAAAACCCUCUCGCCGGACGGCAUCUCAAUGAUCCUUAACUCCCUUUUCGACGCCAUUAACGACACCACCACCAAUAAACCCGCCGUCAAGAAAGAAUCCAUCCGACUUCUCGCCUUCCUCGCCGCCACCCACACCGAUUCCGCCGCCACCCAUCUGCCGAAAAUCAUCGGAAACAUCCUCAAACGUCUUAAAGAUUCCGAUUCCGGCGUUAAAGACGCGUGUCGUGAAGCGAUUGGACAGCUUUCUUUUCUGUAUCUGAAGGGUGAAAAUGGUGAUAAUAAUAUUGGGUCUGUGGUUUCUUUGUUUGUGAAGCCAUUGUUUGACGCAAUGAACGAACAACAUAAAGGGGUUCAAGGUGGGGCAGCAAUGUGUAUGGCAAAAAUGGUGGAAAUGGCUUCUGAUCAUCCACCAUUGUUGGCUUUUCAGAAGCUGAAUGGAAGGAUUUGCAAGUUUCUUAAUAGCCCUAAUUUCUUGGCAAAUGCUGCUCUUUUGCCAGUGGUUUCAAGUCUUUCUCAGGUUGGUGCCAUUUCUGGACAAGUCUUGGAGCCAUUGCUUCAAAGUAUUCACGAAUGUCUUAAAAGUUCCGACUGGACAACACGAAAGGCAGCUGCUGAUACGUUGAACGUCUUGGCUUUGUAUUCAAGUAACUUGAUCACGGAAAAACCAUCUUCAACAAUAAUGGUACUUGAGGCAUGCCGUUUUGAUAAGAUAAAGCCGGUCAGAGACAGUAUAACGGAGGCGCUGCAAGUAUGGAAGCAUAUUUCAGAAGGUUGUGAAGAUCAAAAACCACCCGAUCAUGGUCAAGAUUCUAAAUGGCGAAACGGCCUUCCGAAAUCGGAUGGUAAAAGAACAGAGCUGCGGCCACCGAAGGAUGGUCAAACGGAUGGUCAAAAUGUAUCCGAAAAGACAGUUGGAACAAAAAAGAAAGCACCUCCUUUAAGCGACAAAGAACUGAACCCCGAGUUUUUCCAGAGACUUGAAAGACGGGUUUCUGGUGAAGUUGAAGUUGUCGUUAAUCGUAGAUUCCUCAAGUCGUCUAAUUCACAAAACGAAGAGGAACCCGACAUCAAUGAUACCAAUGUAGGGUCAAUGUCAAAGUCAAAAAUCAACUUACAAGAUUGUAAUCCAGAAAGCGGAGCCGGUGGUCCGUCUUCUAGACAACAAGAAGUUGAUGAUAAGAAUGAUCGAACUCAUAGGGAGGGAUUAAUGAGUAGUAACGGAAAUUGGUUGGGCAUCCAAAGGCAAUUACAACAAUUGGAGAGACAACAAGCAUAUCUCAUGAACAUGUUGCAGGAUUUUAGGGGCGGAUCUCGUGAUGGUAUGGUGACUCUGGAGAACAGAGUGUGGGGUCUAGAACGAGUUGUGGAAGACAUGGCCCGCAAUUUUUCGAUAUCGUCGAGUAGUCGAAGAGAUUAUAUGACAGGAUUUGAUGAAUCUUGUGGGAGAUCGUUGGGCAAGUACAAUGGCUUCUCCGACUAUCCUAAUACGAAAUUCGGGAGGAAUGAUGAUGGGAUCUCGUUUAGGGGUUCUUGGAGACCUGAUAACGGCCGGAAUACGCAUAUUGAUUUACGGAAAGCCGUGGAUGGUAGAUCAUCGCAAUCAGAGAACGAAAGUGAGCACGUUAAUAGGAGAGGUUGGGGGGAUGUUAGAUUUGGAGAGGGUCCGUCAGCAAGAAGCAUUUGGCAAGCAUCAAAAGAUGAAGCCACGUUGGCGGCAAUCAGGGUGGCCGGUGAAGGCAAUGGGCCUGUCGGAAAUGGCGGAGCGGCGGCAGAAGUGGCCGGAGAUGAGAAUCGUGUACGGAAUCGGGAACCCGUUUGGAGAAAUGCAAUGGAUGCGGUUCAUUCCGGAGAUAUGGAUAUGGCGUUUGCUGAAGUUUUGUCUUCUGGGGACGAUCUUUUGCUCGUGAAGCUAAUGGACAGAACAGGACCGGUCGUUUAUCAGCUCUCGAGUGAUGUGGCGAGUGAAGUUUUGCAUGCGAUCGCUCAAUUCCUUCUCGAACCGAACUUGAUUGACAUAUGUUUAUCUUGGAUUCAACAGUUGUUGAACGGGAUCGUGGAAAACGGAAAAGAUGAUAUGGGAAUCCCUAUGGAAGUGAAAAGGGAGAUUUUGGUAAAUCUUGAUGAAGCUUCAUCGACUACCGACCUUCCUGAAGAUUGGGAAGGUUUGAUGCCAGAUCAACUAUUAUUGCAGCUGGCAUCAGCCUGGAAUAUAGUUGAUCUGCAGCAGUUACACAAAUAGUAACUUUUUUUUUUUAAAUUUGGUUUGAUGGGUAUUUUCUUAAGUUUAUCGGUUUGUUUUACGAAUGAUUUUGCACAUAAGUGUUCGGGUUGAUUCUUACAUAUAGGUAUAUGGUAUAAACUUGCCAUCUUUGGCUUCAAGGUUGUAUAGAAGAUGUGUUGGUUCCGAUCGGGAUCUUUUAGGGGGUGUUCGGUUCGUAGAAUAUAUUUGGAAUGAUUAGAGUGUUUCAAAGGGAAUGGAAUUGAAUCACGUUUGAUUACAGGUUUGUUCGACAGGAA